AUGCCAGGAAAAUAUAUCGAAAAAUACAACCAGGUCCCUGUGACCAAGGAGAAGUUGGACUGGGCUGAGUUGAUCACACUGGAUCUCAGCGAGUAUGAGCAGCCUGGAGGAAAAGAAUCUCUCGUCAAGCAGUUGGACCAUGCUGUUAGACAUGUUGGCUUUUUCUACGUUAAGAACUUCAACAUCAGCCAAGAAGAGAUCGACAACCAAUUCGCUCUAGGCCGCGAAUUCUAUGCGCUGCCCCUCGAGGAGAAGCUCAAGUUCCACAGUGCCAGUGAUCUUGCCCGAGGAGAAUACAACUCCUACCGUCCUGCCGGACACCGAAUUCUCGGCAAUGGAAUCAAGGACAACGUCCAAGUCUACAACCUCCCCAAGUUCGAUGGCUACCACGAACGACCCCAGCCCUCUGUGAUUGCCGACAACAUCAAAGAGAUCGAAGCCUUCAGCCGGAAAUGCCACACCGAAGUAGUCGAGAAGCUCCUCCGACUCUUCGCCAUCCUCCUUGAGCUCCCAGACGAAGACCAACUCGUCCGCGACCACCAGUACGACGUCAAAGGCGAAGACCACCUACGGUACAUGCAUUAUGCCGCGCGAAGCGCCGAAGAGAACAAAAAGGUCGGCGAGCUCUACAGCCCCGGCCACACCGACCUUGGCACAGUGACGCUUCUCUUCCGCCAGCCCGUGGCAGCUCUCCAGAUCCUCAAUUCCGAGGGCCAAUGGAAGUGGGUGCAGCCGCAGGAUGGCACUAUUACGAUCAACACCUGUGAUGCGUUGACGGCGUUGACGGGCGGGUUGAUCAAGUCGAGUAUUCAUCGGGUGCAUGCCCCGCCUGCCGAUCAGGCUCAUAUUGAUCGGUUGGGAGUGUUGUACUUUGCUCGGCCUAAUAACCAUGUUGUUCUUGAUCCUAUCGCUAACAGUCCUGUUCUUCAGCGGCUGGGACUCACUAGUAAUGCCUUCACGGAGCUGGGGCAGCAUCUCACCACAGAGCAGUGGGUUACGGUGCGACAGACUCAGCAACAACGCAAGAAUAAGGAUGUCCAGAUUUCGACGGAGGGGAAGUAUACUUACAAGCCUAAGGAUCUGGAGAUUAUUCCUGGCUUGCAAGCUGCUAUCUACAAUUAG